GUACCAGUUGGCGCUCCCGGGCGCUGGCGACAGAGGAGAUGGAGCAGCGUCACGAUCGUCCAGCCCCUUAAAGCCCUGCUGGUUGAAGCCACCUCCCUCCCUGCACCCCGCAGUAGUAGAGAUGGAGUAAAGGGGCACCCUUCGACCUGCCCAGAAGGAUCCACGAUGGAGUUAAAGCAAUCUUUGUCCACCCAUCUGGAAGCUGAGAAGCCGCUGAGGCGCUAUGGGGCGGUGGAGGAGACAGCGUGGAGAGCAGAAGGACUGGGGAGAAAUCAGCUGGACAUCAUCUCCAUGGCAGAGACAACCAUGAUGCCAGAAGAAAUCGAGUUAGAGAUGGCAAAAAUCCAGCGUCUCCGGGAAGUCUUGGUCAGACGGGAGUCUGAGCUCAGGUUCAUGAUGGACGACAUCCAGCUCUGCAAGGACAUCAUGGACUUGAAGCAGGAGCUGCAGAACUUGGUUGCCAUCCCAGAGAAAGAAAAAACCAAGGUGCAGAAGCAGAGAGAGGAUGAGCUAAUCCAGAAGAUCCACAAAUUGGUACAGAAGAGAGACUUUCUUGUGGAUGAUGCAGAGGUGGAGCGGUUGAGGGAGCAAGAAGAAGACAAAGAAAUGGCCGAUUUCCUGAGAAUCAAGUUAAAACCUCUAGACAAAGUAAACCAAUGUCCAGCCAGCUCCCGGGCAGAGAAGAAAGCAGAGCCCCCACCUAGCAAGCCCACGGUGGCCAAGACAGGGCUGGCACUCAUCAAGGAUUGCUGCGGGGCCACCCAGUGCAACAUCAUGUAGCCCCACGUGGGGUGCCCGAGGGCCGCGGGGACCCCCAUCCUCCCGCCCUCUUGUCAUCAUAGCCCCAAUUUCACUGGGGCUCAAGAACUCUCCAAGGCGGCAGGGGUUAAAGGCAAGCCUGUGACUGCCACCAGGGGCCAUGGGCAUGGCAGGCGGGCCCGGCCACCCUGUACAGAGUGUAGCAAUAGGGAGUCCCUCACUGUCGCAUGGCCCUCCCCAGAGCAUGCCGAACCCAGGAGUCUGUCUCACCUUUAUCCAACCACCAGGAGAGGUCCUCUCUCACAAAAGUAUAUGUCCACUUCUAUCUAGCUAUAUCUAACCCACCGUGCCGAAUGAACUGGGAGAGGGGCAUGAUCCCCCGGUGUGUAUAGUUGUGACUUUUCAAUAAUCUAGCGCCAUGUUGGACACAUCCCCCAUCCACCUUCCUAGCUGUACCAUCAGGCCUGGCCCAAAAGGGCAUAAGUCCCCUCCCCUGUCUGUCCUCUCCCAGGGACUGUGCUCUGGACGGCUCCACCUGACCCACACAUCUCUGAGGCGCCAUCAGUAUUGCCUUCCUGGAGACCGAUAGCCUGCCUGUAAAGACU